AUGGAAGAAAACGAAAGCGGGGUUCAGUCCUUAGCACACCUAUUAGCUAAACGGAAAAAAUUUAUGGAUCUCCGAAACACCAUAAUAUCUAUAGACAAAUGCAGAACAGAAUUGAAUACCGUAGAUCUAGUGGCAAAUCAUCACAGUAAUCCCGUUACUCCAUACACAAAUGAGCAACGAUCCAUUUCUCCACCGCCUUUUUCGCCCCUUACUCCACUUAUUGCUAUGAAGACCACUAACAAGAACAUCAGUUUAUCAGAAGGUCCAUCUAAUUCAGGUGUUUUACAGUCAGAUAUAGAUAAUAUUGUGUCUGUUUGUGGAUGUUCAACCGAAACGCCAUCUUCAUCACCACUUCGACCGAUGUCCCCAGAAACUCAAGAACUGUUUAACACACUAAGUGAACAUCAGAACAUAUUAUUAGACAAUAGGGAUAUUUCACAUCAUGAGGAUAUCGUAUGUGAUUUCAAUAGCGAUGAUAGUGUUAGGGAUCCAAAUUUUAACAAAUGUCAUGAACGAGGUGUUAACAUAAGCGAGUCAACUACUUCUUGUUCAUCUAUGGAUAAUAAUGAAGCAUGUACUAAUAAUUUAAUGUCAUUAGAAGAACAGCAUAACGAUAUCGAAGUUACAUCAACUACUGAUAUACUAAUAGAACCAGUACCCGUAAUAAAUGAUGAUGAUACUGUAAAAACUGGUAGACCAAAAAAAGGACGUUAA